AUGUUCCCCGCGCAGGAUGCUCUGCCCCGCGGCGGGCUCAACCUGAAGGAGGAGCCGCUGCUGCCCGCCGGCCUGGGCUCGGUGCGCUCCUGGAUGCAGGGUGCGGGCAUCCUGGACGCCAGCACCGCGGCGCAGAGUGGCGUGGGCCUGGCACGAGCACAUUUUGAGAAGCAGCCCCCCUCCAACCUCAGGAAAUCCAACUUCUUCCACUUUGUGCUGGCCAUGUAUGACCGGCAGGGGCAGCCCGUGGAGGUGGAGCGCACAGCCUUCAUUGACUUCGUGGAGAAGGACCGAGAGCAUGGAGCCGAGAAGACAAACAAUGGGAUCCAUUACCGCCUCCGGCUGGUGUACAACAACGGACUUCGGACAGAACAAGACCUCUAUGUGCGCCUCAUCGAUUCCAUGUCCAAACAGGCUAUCAUCUAUGAGGGGCAGGACAAGAACCCAGAGAUGUGCCGAGUCCUGCUCACCCACGAGAUCAUGUGCAGUCGGUGCUGUGACCGGAAGAGCUGUGGCAACCGGAAUGAGACACCCUCAGACCCCGUCAUUAUUGACAGAUUCUUCCUCAAGUUCUUCCUCAAAUGCAACCAGAACUGCCUAAAGAAUGCAGGGAAUCCCCGAGACAUGCGCCGCUUCCAGGUGGUGGUGUCCACGACGGUAAGCGUGGACGGACACGUGCUGGCAGUGUCUGACAACAUGUUUGUGCACAACAACUCCAAGCAUGGCCGCAGGGCGCGCCGCCUGGACCCCUCCGAAGCUGCCACCCCCUGCAUUAAAGCCAUCAGCCCCGGGGAGGGCUGGACCACGGGCGGAGCCACCGUCAUUGUCAUCGGUGACAACUUUUUCGACGGGCUGCAGGUCGUGUUCGGGAACGUGCUCGUGUGGAGCGAGCUCAUCACGCCCCACGCCAUCCGUGUGCAGACGCCCCCGCGGCACAUCCCAGGGGUGGUGGAAGUGACGCUUUCCUACAAGUCCAAGCAGUUUUGCAAGGGAGCCCCCGGCCGCUUCGUCUACACAGCCCUGAAUGAGCCCACCAUUGACUACGGAUUCCAGAGGCUACAGAAAGUCAUUCCCAGACACCCUGGAGACCCCGAGAGGCUGCCCAAGGAAGUGCUGCUGAAGCGGGCGGCCGACUUGGCGGAGGCCCUGUACGGAGUGCCCAGCGGUAACCAGGAGCUCCUCCUGAAGCGUGCGGCCGAUGUGGCCGAGGCUCUGUACAGCGCACCCCGGGCGCCUGCGCCUCUCGGACCCCUGGCCCCGAGCCACCCGCACCCUGCCGUCGUGGGCAUCAACGCCUUCAGCAGCCCGCUGGCCAUAGCCGUCGGCGACGCCACGUCGGGGCCCCAGCCGGGCUACGCGCGCAGCUGCAGCAGCGCGUCCCCUCACGGGUUCGCGCCCAGCCCCAGCUCGCAGCAGAGCGGCUACGGCGGCGGCCUCGGGGCUGGCCUCGGCGGCUACGGGGCGCCGGGCGUGGCCGGCCUCGGCGUGCCCGGGUCCCCUAGCUUCCUCAAUGGCUCCACUGCCACUUCGCCCUUCGCCAUCAUGCCCUCUAGCCCCCCGCUGGCCGCUGCCUCCUCCAUGUCCCUCCCGGCCGCUGCCCCCACCACCAGCGUCUUCUCCUUCUCGCCUGUCAACAUGAUCUCCGCUGUCAAACAGAGGAGCGCCUUUGCCCCCGUGCUGCGCCCACCUGGCUCCCCGCCCCAGGCCUGCCCCAGAACCCAUGGAGAGGGACUUCCAGACCAGCCUUUUGAGGAUUCUGAAAAGUUCCACUCCCCAGCCCGGGGACUUCAGGGCCUGGCAUACUCCUAAUCACGGUCUGCAGGUGUUGUCUCCGCUGAGCCUGGGCUAGAGGUUCCUCCAGGACUCACACCUAUGUCCUGGAUGGCAGCACAGGCAGAUGCAGGACCGUGGGCCAACCUCAACCCCCGGGCCUGACCUGGAGAGACCUCCUCACCAUGCCCAAAGUCCCACCAGCUCCACAGGCUUCUCUCACCUCCCUUUCUCUGGGCUGGUUGGAAGCCCCAACACUGUGCUGAUGCUCUUGGCAGGAGAGCAUCCUGGAGGAGGAGCCGGGAUGUCGGGCCUCACUUACUGGGUUGGUUCCUCUGGAAGAGAUGGAUCUCAUACAGACCAGGGCCAUUGGGUGAGGGGAGCAUGGGAUGGAACAGCUCAGGGAGAGGUGGCCUAGGAAGGUCCUGUUUGCAUCUGACCCAUCUCAACAGGCCCAGCAUCCCAACUUCUCUCCAGGGCAAAGGGUGGUGCCCAGCAGCCUUAGGAGGCCUGCCCAGGCUCCCAUGGAGCUUCCCAAGGCCGCUUGACUCUGUGGCUGCCUCCACUCUCUUUGAGUCCUGAACAUUCAUGCUUGCCACAUCAUAACUCCCAGUGGGAACUUUGGGCCUGGAGGGCGCAGAAGAGGGAGCAUCCGGCCCACACACACUGACUCAGUUUGGAUGGAAUGGACCAAGAUGACCCCCAGGUGGCCUCAUGCUUGGCUCUUCAGAGUUUGGAGAAAUCAGAACAAUAAACACAGUUGCAGGUGGCCA